GGUUCAAACACUUUUCAACCAAACGUGUCUGACUUUCGCAAAGUGAACAGCCCGAACCGGCACAACAGAUCCGCGGCUCUGCCGAGGCGGUCUUCCUACCAGACCGCGUCUGUCGUCACGGCUGGGCUUUGACAACUACUCUUGCUUUGUCGCGGUUCGUUCGAAGGCGUUUUGGACUUAAACUUAGUCCAUUUAAAAUUCAAUCCGUUUUUUUUUUCUUCUUCUGAAGCGUUGCUUGGUGUGAAAUCACGGACCUCCAUUGUGCUCGGGUUCUUUCGGGUGAGCAGAGUCACUCCCACAUAGGCGUCAGGCGCGCUCUCCUGAAAUUCAUCAAGGCCAUUCAGGGGUCUCUGCAGAGACGCGAGCUCCCCACUAACCCCAGCUCAGCACAACGGAGCUUGAAUUACCGGCUGGAUCGACUUGGGGAGGGUUGGAAAAACAACUUGGGGAAAAAAGACCCCUAACAAUCUGCAAAGAGAUGCACACAGAGAAAAUUCUGAUUCGCCCGAACAUAUUUACUGGAUUACAUUAAACAUUUUUUUAAAAAACUUCUGAAUGUGCUGAAUGUACAUGGAGUAUCCCAAGCCUUUAUCCCUGUGAUUCCUGUUUAAAUCCGAUUGGGCAUCGGACCACUUAGGGGGAAAACUGCUUCCCAUCAACCAGGGUGGACUAUCCUUAUAGACCGAAGUCUUGCUUUUAUUACGUUAGUGAAAAUGAGUUGUUGCACCGGACGAUGCGCGCUGAUCUUCCUAUGCACUUUCCAGCUGCUGGGGGCGUUAGAAAGACAGAUUUUUGAUUUCCUUGGCUACCAGUGGGCACCUAUUCUUGGAAACUUCCUGCACAUCAUUGUUGUCAUUCUGGGCCUCUUCGGAACCAUUCAGUACCGGCCAAAAUAUAUUGUGGUGUAUGCCAUUUGGAAUGCCCUCUGGGUAGCCUGGAAUGUUUUCAUAAUCUGCUUUUACUUGGAGGUUGGAGGCCUUUCCAAGGACACAGAUUUUAUGACCUUCAACAUCUCCAUGCACCGGUCCUGGUGGCGGGAACACGGGCCGGGCUGUGUGAGAAGAGAAGUCCAGCCCCCGCCCAGCCAGGCCCCUGCUGACCACUCCUACAUCUCUGUGACUGGGUGCAUCAUGCCAUUCCAGUACCUGGAGGCCCUCCACAGCUCUUUCCAACUGCUGCUGUCUCUGAUUAGCUUUGUGUGCGCCUGCUAUGUGAUAAGCGUGCUCACAGAGGAAGAGGACAACUGUCGAACUAAAUGACAAACAGCAACUGGUUUUAACUGAAGGAGCUACUUUAAGAAGAAAGGCCACUGUGUGAUUCACAGCUCUCUGAAGAGAGGGGGAGUCUGGAAGGGUGUCUGGAAUGUGCUGUUUGUGCAUGGCUGUGGCUAUGAGAUGUGUUUUGCUGUGAGUUUGUGUGUGUGUGGGCAGGGACUUACACACUGUCAACUUUUGACCAAAUUGAUUACUAGGAUCCAUACUGUAUGUAGACCAACAGAUUGAAUUCAUUUUUGGUGAUCUGUGAAUUGUGUUCUUAAGCAUGACAACUGUACUGGGACACCGGUGAUAUGAAAUGCAAUGUUUUGUCUGCUUGUUUUAUGGACAAGACAUGAAUUAAUAUAGGUACGUUACUGGUGUGAUCUCAACGCCCAGUUUCCAUCUCCUGGCAUUCCACACCGGUCUAAACUCUAAAUUGCUAGAAAACAUUAUUACACCUUUUAAAAUCUUUUAUGAAGUUCUACAGUCCUGAACUCUUUUUUUUAUAUGGGUUAAAUGUCACUGUGUGUGUGAUAGAUUUUUUAAAAAUUUUUAAAGGGUGCAAUUUUUAUGUAAUGUUCUUACGUUUUCUCAAUUUUCCAUUCUGUGAUUUUUUAAAAUGCUAUUCCGUUCUAAAAUUAAUUAUUUACAAAGAGCUGAAAUUCCUAAUUUUAACAUAAACUCCCAUGGGACAUGUGAAUCAAAAUGACAGUAACAUCUCGUCUUGUGUAAAUAUUCUGUAAAACUUCAAAGAUGCUCAGCAUUGCUAAUUAUAUUUAUAGGUCAAAAAGUGUUUGAGACAAAGACAAGAACUCAUCCUGCAUAUAAAAGACUUAGUUAAGACCUCCAUAUGUUCAUGCUUUCUUAUUUAAUAUUUCAGGAUCUGCUCAAUGUCACAUUAUGGAUGUUGCCAUGCAUAAAAUUAUAACGAUAUACAAGAUCAGUUUUUGUUCAUACAUAAUGCCCCUUGAUUCAACUACCAUCUACAUUUAAAUAUUUUAAUUAAGCUACAUUAUUUACCCUGAAUUCCUUUUAUCUGUUAUUGUGAAUAGGAUUUACACAGAGGAAAGUUGUAUAUUAUGUACCUCUAAUGUAAAACUGCUAAAAAAUAAACACACCAUUAAGUAGUCUCUGAAACAUCUAAUGAGCAGCUCGUUUUUAAAAAGAAUACUGUCCAUAACUGGCCAUAUGGUUUUUUAUUUUAUUUUACUAUAUUAGCACUAAAUUCAUUAUGCUAGUAAAAGUAUUAAGUAAGCUGGCCAGAGAAAAAUAUUUUUUCCAUCAUCAGAAUGACAGCAAUAUCUUUGAGGUAGUGAUAAAAUUAGGUUUCUUUUGCUCAUCAGACUUGUAUCUGGCAGCAGGCUUAAAUCAUCAACACCAGUGGUGCAGCCUUUUUCAUACCUGGGGCUGAUACAGUAUAUCGAUAUGGCUUAUGAUGAACAGUGUAGAAAAAUACCACUUCCUUGCAUACAGAAAAAAAAAAACAUCUAAUUCUCCUACCAGCAAAUGUACGACUGUAUUGACCUCUGAGGAGUUUCACGUUUUGUGAUGUUUCCUGAGAAAUGAUUGAAAUAUAGUUUCAGUGAGCAGCGCUCUAGAGAAGUUCACUCAAUCAAAUGAAGUAGACAAGCGCCUGUAUCUGGAAAUGAAGUGCAGAUUAUUUUUUUUUCCCCCACAUGUAACCAGUGAACAUCAACGACAACCUUACUCGUGAUGCAAAUUGUGUUCGCUUUUCGCCUGUUCAGACAUCUUGAGGAGGAAAGGUGAAGAACGCUCACCUCUUUAAAUCGGUAAACGUACUGCUUCACAAAGUAAAAGGACACAUAACGUCACGGGUAACUAAACCAUGAAUGGAAAAUGAGAUGCGAGAAGCAUUUGUAUUUCGCGUACUACACUUUCUAUAAAACUUCAAGAGGCAGUUGAAUCAUGACAGCAUUUCAAAAUCCUUUCACUAUAACGUAACCUAGUCGCUUUUUUAUUAUACAGUACAUGAUCUUAAAAGAUAAUUUUAUUUUAUUUUAAAUAUACAAAAUAAUAGAUUGUUAAAAAUCUUAUACAUCAUAAAUAGAAACUUCCAUAUGGAUUCUUUUUUAAAAUGCAGAGAUAUGAACUCAUCUAACACUUGUAAAAUUCCAGCUUUGCUACUGGGUUCCGAUUAACUUGCUAACUUCCGAAACGCGAAACUACCACCUGACGCGGACCUCAUUACUUACAUCCUAUUCUUGUUCUUUCAGCAGCUCCUUUUAAAUGUCCUUUCUUCACAUGAAUUAAAUCCAUUAAGAUACGUUAAUGUAUUUUUUAGUUUUAGAAUUUAACUUUGAGUCUCUCUGUUUCUUUAUUUGAUCCACUAAGUUUUUUUUAAGUCAGUUAACAUUUACUACCUUUUACAAAAACCAUUCUCAGGCUGUACAUUCUUCAUAUUAAUACUAGUGCCUUCGUAAAAAUCUGUAACUUCUUUGAUCACUGACUAGGUUGUGUAGUUUUCAUUUGAGGCUCCAUAUCGAAAAUAACUGCAAGUUUUGUUUUUCUUCAGUGUAAAUGAAAACUGGAGACAAGGUUUAAGACAGACUUUAUCACCCUCUGCUGGACAGCAGAAAAAGUGAAUGGUGGCAUAGAAACUGUUCUAUUUUCAUUAAAUGUUUAAACUUGUUUAGUGGUAGCCAAAUAGGACAGAAAUUCACAUUGGUGCUGUAUUUUGUUAGUGUAGUCUUCAGAACCUAAAUUAAAUUUAAACCAGCCGUCCUAUCUGAAAUUCUUUACAGGUGAUGUCUCAGAUAGGCCACCGAGACCAGUCAGCAGUAUUCCACAGUUUGUGGUAUUGUUGAAACAGAUCAAUAAAUGACUUGAUAAUAUUAUAGAUUCCACUGUGGCACCUCACAGAGCGCUAAAACAGGCUUUUAAGUACAGUAUGUGUGUUAGUCCUGUCAUAUUAAUCAGAUUUUCAGAAAAGAAAUGUUAACACUUCUGCAAUGGACUAGUGUCCCAUUCCCCAGCGUCCCUGUACUGGAUAAAGCAGUUUGGAAAAUGGAUGGAUGUUAAUACUAACACUUAAAGGCAGUUUUAAAAAGGCAGCAGAAAAUUUCACACCAUAUAACUUUCCAUUUCAACUCGUAUACUAAUGACAUAACUUUUUAACUUGCAGGAUAAAUGGAGCAUUUUACAGUUCUUUUGCAACAUGCUUUCAACUAUACAAUUCAUAAGGAUUUUAAGGCAGGUCAUGGCUCUUCUUUGAUGAUUCUUUAAUAUUUACUUCAUGAAAAUCUUUGUGAAGGUCAAACAGGCUCCAAUAAGUAUAAGUCUCUUCUACUGCAAGACUUAGAAAAUGAAACUUUGAGUAACUAAAGAAUGCACAGUAUUUUGUAUGCUUCUCAAAACACUUCAAGACACAAAAGAGCAUUAAGCAGUUAGUGUUGGUACAUUAUAAUAUUUUGUUCUUAGGUCAGCUACUGUAACAGGACAGGUAAUAACUACAUGUUCUGCAUAUCACAGUUUUGAAAGUGUUAGCUCUAUUUUUAUGUUUUAAGUUCCUCUUCAUGUACUUAUAUGUCAUGCUUUGCCAACACUGCCAGCUUGAGACAGGCUGCAAUAAAAUAAUUCUUAUCUUUUGGGGAAAAAAAACGAAAUACACUAUUUCUGGCUUUGUAUGUGUGACAGUCUGUGGAUAUUUUUAUUGUAUGUAGAACAGUAGAACCAUUUUGCACAUUUAAUUUCUACCUUGUAAAUAUUUUACACAUUCUUAUGUGACAAGUGUUACAAAUAAGAACACUAUGUAAAUUUUUUUUUCAGGCAAUGGUAGACCAGUUUGGGGUACUGUGUACAAAUUAGUGUUAAUAACAAGAAUUUCUUGUCAAUUAUUAAUAAACUGUAAAUUGGAGUAGUUUAA